AUGGCUCCUGCUCCAAUUGAUUCACGUAUCGUCGAUGUCGCAGUGCCCAAGAAGGACACACUCGGUCUUCCUGGGCCUGCACGAGAACGUUUAGAAAAGGCUGGGGUUGAUCUCAGUGACGGCUACCCGUACCGGCCAUCUCGUCCUCUCUAUAUUGACGAUGUUUACAACGUGCGGGACUAUGAUCGCAUCCAUAUAGACCCCGGCAGCCGAGCCGAUCCCGAGAAGAAAGCACUUCUAUCCGCGGCCAAGGAAACAAGACACAUCGGAACUGAAAUCGUUGGAUUGCAGCUAAAGGAUCUGACAGACCAGCAGAAGGAUGAGCUAGGCUUAUUGAUUGCCGAACGAAGUGUUGUCUUCUUCCGGGGCCAAGAUAUCACUCCUCAACAACAGAAGCAACUGGGAGAGUGGUUCGGAGAGGUUGAGAUUCAUCCUCAAGUGCCCCAUGUCCCUGGCAUCCCCGGCGUGACUGUAAUGUGGCCAGCAUUGCAGGAAACAGAAACACCAGCAAGCUUCCGCCGGCCGGGAGGAGCGUCUCGGUGGCAUAGUGAUCUCGUGCACGAGAGACAGCCCGCCGGUGUGACCCAUCUCCACAACGAUACUGUGCCAACAGUCGGAGGUGAUACCCUCUGGGCAAGUGGAUACGCGGCAUACGAGAAGCUAUCGCCAUUAUUCCGCAAGCUGAUUGACGGAAGGACUGCCAUAUAUCGCUCAGCUCACCCAUAUCUCGAUCGUAAGAACCCGGAAACAGGCCCUCAAUAUAUAGAGCGCGAGCACCCGAUUGUCCGUGUCCACCCAGCUACGGGCUGGAAGGCACUGUGGGUAAACCGGGCUAUGACAGACCGAAUCGUUGGUCUUGACAAGGCCGAAAGUGAUGUGAUUCUGGGAUACCUAUACGACGUUUAUGAGAAGAACCCUGAUAUCCAGGUUCGGUUUAAGUGGAGUCCACGCACGAGUGCACUGUGGGACAACCGUAUCACGAUCCAUAACGCCAGCUGGGAUUAUGAGGGAUCCCAGCCUAGACACGGCACACGGGUGACUUCGCUUGCUGAAAAGCCUGUAUUUGACCCGAAUGCGCCAACUCGGCGGGAGAAGUUGGGUCUUUUAGGACUAGAGGAAGUUGCAGAAUUAGAGAAGCUGACCAGUCUCCUUGAACUGAAGUGA